AUGCAACGGGUCGCUUCCCGGAUCCAUUCGUGAGUUUUUCAUUUUUUGAAUUGACUCGAUAUUUUUAUCGAGCUGUGCUCAGGAUUUGAGAUGGCUUCAGUGACCAAAGAAAACGCUGAUAUAUCUUCCUGUUCAUUUUGAACAACCUGCAACCGGAAAAUUUUCAGAAUAUCGUUGGAUCUAAUCUUCACUGAGAAAAGGAUUCUGAAAUUGCUCAAGUAGAUGGUUGAAAAAGUUUACAUUUUUUUCCUUCCAUCAGAACAUUUUCGGCGGCUCCUUUCUGGUACGAGUCAGUACAGCUGGUUAACCGCACAGCUGUCUCUUUUCUCUACUCCCAAAAAACGUCGUCUGCAGCAGACGGAAUGGCUUUUCGGAAGUCGCCGACUGCAGACGGGUUGCCGUCGUCCGCAACUUUUUGAAGCGACGCUUGGGUAUCGGUCGUCAGUUACAGGCUGUUGAUGCUAGCCGCGGCAACUAACAAGUUGCCAACGUUUUCUUUCAUUUUUUUGGCCGCGCUUUGUUUGGGUCCAUCUGGAACUGGUGCUAUCAACGGCGUCGAUCUCGCGAGUCUACUCCAUUACACUCGAUACUUUACUUGCGUCUUACCUCGUUUUCUGCCGAGUUUCCUACUCGUACCGUUUUUGUUACAAACCAGGCAAAUUUUUGUGCUGAUUCAAAUAGUUUGGACAUAUUUCGCACAAUGUUUCAUCAGAAAUGAUAAGUUGAUGAGAAUUUCUUCAUUCUUAACCGAUUUCAUUCUGUUUUCGAAAUAACUUUUCUAAAUGUUCUUCCAGCUUCGAACUUUUUCAGAUCGUUGAACACUUUUUUAUUUCAAAAAUACUCAAAAUUUCUCAACCUCAAAAAGGAAAAAAAAACUCUCCCACCUGGUACUGAGAAAGGCCAGCUGGCAGGAAACAAAGAAAGGGCCUUCUAUUUUUCAUAGGGUUCGUUCAGCGAAUGUCCCAGACGCUCUGCAUAUGAUGUCAGAACUUUUCAUGAUGAAAAAUUGAAAAAUAGGAAAAUAACGCAAUGAAGAAAAUUGGCGAUAGGCAUAACAAGGUUCUGAUUCAAGUUUCUGAUCACGUCAAUUUAUUAUAUCACGAAUUGCGAUUAGUUUUUUUAUAACUUUAUUUUCACAAAACUUUACUCAACAUUUUGUGGUUUCAAAAAAGUCAUAAUUUAAAAAGGAAAAUGUUCCUCUAAAGGCGCGCCUAGUUGUACCUAAAGUAUUGGCUCAUAUUUUUCAUCAUUUUUUCCGGAACGCUGGCUUUCGUUAGCAUAAAAAGUAGGAACAGAAAAACUUAAAAAAGGAGUUAUUAUAACUUAUCGCGUGCUUAUAAUGUAUUUUAGAUUUUUUUUCGAGAUUGAAACGUUUUCCAACUUUUUUAAAUUUCAAUUCGCUCCUUUUUUCUGAAUUUUCUGGUUUAUUUCAAGAAGUUGGUUUCUAAAUCGAUGACCUGUAGCAUCAACAAGGUUAAAUCAACCAAAAAUGUACCUUGUCUUGUCCAAAAUUUUGACUUUCGUGGAGAGGGUACGGCAGUUGCUCCGCGAGCCGUGUAAUUACCCCGACGCGAUGUCCGUCCUCAUUAACGUCAAUUCACUUUGAGAGUGCCAUUUUCGGGCUGACCGCUUUCUGCCCUGCCGUUCCAAAAAUCUUCAUGAUAAAUUCAUAAUAAUUGGGAGACUCGUUGAAUCUCAAAACCGCAGCACGAAAUUGUCUGUCUUCCUCGUGGGGUGUCAUCGUCGGCCUGUUCCUUUCUCUCCGCCUCCGAGAACACGUUUCCAGACCGCUUCUUCUUCUGACCGUUCCCUUUUUUAUCAGUGUCUCUUUGAUUAGUUACUCAGCUUCUUUUAUGGAUCGUGUUUUCAGACCAUUUAUUCCUUUUUUGAUGACGUUAACUUUGAGAAAAAAUAAGAAGAAGAUUCGUUUCGAAGAAAAUGGUUGGGACAACUUUUACAUCUUUUUUUCGUGGAAAAAUACUCAAUAUAUUUUUUCGUCAUUUGCGGAACCGGUUGAAUAAAAACUCCUACAGAGGAAAACUUUCACAGCCCGUUUUUUUUUCGACAGAGUUUUUUAUACCCUGGGCAUGUGAAAAUAAUAGUUCUCACCACGCGUUUUGGAAAAGAUCCAGAGUUUUUGUGAGCCCGUUAGUUUUCUUGGCAGUGGGAAGUUCGUUCUGAAUAUUUUUCAAGAAGUCUUCCAAACUUUCGAUUUAUUGCUCAGUGUGCUGGGUAAAAAGCCUAGAAAUUUCAACCUUUUAAACUUUGAGUUUUGAGUAUCAACCUCUACAAUAAUGGGAAACUUUAUAAAAAGUUCCCAAAUAAUUUUGGAAAGUACUGGAAAAGAAAAUCUUUUAUUUUAUCGUUUUUUCUCGUCCUUGUUUGUCUUUUCAGAUAAUCUUUAAUUUCGCUUAUAUAAUUAUUUUUUCGAAAAUUUUCAAAUUACAAUGUUUUUUUCAGCGCAUCGGGCGCCUGCGAGUGGGAACGGUGUCUUUUGAUGGGGGCGGCUGAGCCGUCGCGGUCCCGCAACGUACCGCAAGGCAACGGCAAGCAGCGCAAGCCGCGUCAGGAGAUAUCAGCUUGCCUCAAAUGGCUCGUCUUCAUGCUCAACUCUUUUUGUUUUUCGUGAGUUUUUUUCUGAAAACUGUUCACAUCAACAAAAAAAUGUUUACUGAAAAAAACUCCUUGGUUUUUUUGUUUAGAUUUCUAAGAAAUUUCAAAAAGGGUAUAAAUAGCCACUUAGCCACGAAGUAAUAGCCACUUUGUCAAAAAAAUAAUAUAGGAAAGCGUACAGAAAUAGCUCCAAAGGUAAGGCUCAUAACUGUGUGAAGCUUUGCACUCUUCGUUCUCCCCCAAUGCGUAAUUUUUUUAUUAAAAAAAUCAAAAAAAUUCUAGAGCAAUAUUAUCGAACUUGAAAGUCGAAGAACUUUUCUCCGUCAAGGAACUCUUCAAUAUGUUCAUCUUUUAUUCUUUUCAUCACUUGGCUGUUUUUUACUUCUGCCGUUUUUCUCGGUGGAAUACAAUAACUUUCUCAUAAGUGACCCUUCAACCUUGCGCGGGGAAAGUAUCGAUGAUCCUUUGACUUUCGGAAGCUUCGCUUUCCCGUUUCAAGAGUUGUACAGCGUGCGGCAAGUGGCAGAAGCGUAGCCAAAACGAGAAGCGGAAAUUUGAAUUGUCAAGUUGUGACAAUCGCAUGAAGCUCACGGCGCGCACAAUGCAAUUGCAAUUCGCGUCAGACAACAGCUUGGAAUUUGAAAAUUGACAUAGAUAGGGCUCAUCGUGUGCCGCAAGAAUCGGCUUUUCAAAUGCGGAAUAAAAUUAUUUCAACCCUGAAGCUGGAGUAUAAAAUUCCAUGCCUUGAUUUUGCGUUCUGAAAGGUCCUUGGCUGCAAUUUAUUUGAACAUUUUUUCAAAUUUCAAUAAUUUUUUUGAAAUGAGCUAGCCGCAAAGAUGCUCGCAAAAUUCAAAAUUAAGUACUGGAAGUGAGCCGCGAAACCUCUGGAGUAUAGAUUCUUUUGAACAAAUAAACUCUACAGGAUGAAAAAUUUUUUUAGAAUCUUUUCUAAGCGUUAAUUUCAAUUUUUAGAAAAAAUCAUUAGGAAAAAAAAUGAAACCUAUUUUUUAUUGCAUGAAAGAUUUCAACAGAUUGAGAAUUUACCGAUAAUUUUCUAUUCAUUAUGUUACCUGUGAUGAAUCUUUUAGGACAGUGGUGAAGUUUCUAUUUCUCAUUUUUGACAGUUUUCAUCAGCAGCACUUUUUUUGCAGUUUUCCAGUUUACAGUUAACCGCUCUUCUACUGAGUAGCUGUGGAAAACAGUUUCCAAUCAACAGGCAUUUCAAGAACACCGCGGAAAAGCAAUUUCUACGCGUGCCUAGCCGAGAAAAAAAAUAAUGAACUUGGAAGGAUCACUCAAGUUUCCUUUUGUUAGUUAUUCUGCGAACAAGAGAGAAGGAAGCGAGGUCGUUCGGGUAGGCAAAGGGACUCAAGCGUGCAGCUGCCCCUGUUAAUGUCCUUUGUGCGAUUCCGGCUGGUCUGACAUCAACUCACCAGGUCUUCUUUGCAGAAUUGGACUUUUUUUGAAGUCUAAAAGUUGAAGUUAUGAAAGGGAGAUUUAAAUGAUUCAUGAAGACCUCUCCGUCCUACAUUCCUCAGUCUGUGUAUGAAAUUUUUUUGUUUUUUGCUUCUCUAGAGUUUUUUCGGAAAAAAAAACAGUGCACGCCUUUUAAAAGUUCUUUUCGCAACGAAUAUGACUGUUCCCUUUGCGAAAAAUUCAUUUUAGAUAGUGAAGGUUUCAAAAAUAAAAUUUCGAAUAAUACUGAGUUUCAAAUUUUGAACUUCAUAGACGGGUAAGCACCUCAGCAUCGGCUCCUAAUUCCAGAAAGCAAAAAUCAAGACUCGAUCGUUCAUAUAAAUAACAGCGCGCAAAGACUCUCAAAGUUGAAAAUUCACGGAAUCGGCAAUUUUUCUUCGAAAACCCGAUGGAAGUCGGUUUCUGAUAGAUCUCCAAAUAUGUAGAAAUGUCCCGAAAUCUCUGCCAUUCGAGUCUAUCAUUCUUUUUUAUUAGGCAACGUUUUGCGUCACUAUUUCGGGAAUGUGGUUUGCUCAAAUUUUUUCUUUCUCUUCUUUGAAAUCUUCUAUCUAAUAGGUGUAACCAGGACUUAUCCUCAAUUCAACUCCAAAUCCUGCAACUCAAACUAUGAGCUGUGAAAUUAAAAUAACAGAGAACGGAAUUCUGCCAGUCGGUUGACGGUCAUUGUGAUGCCAAGCCUCUUGACCUCGGCCUGUUUUGGUUUCUUCAGCUGCCGUGCCGUUCAGGGGAAGCCGCGAAAAACAAUCAACACGGCGGCCAAAUCGAAUGGAAUCGGUAAAUAAGUCAAACGAAAGCCGCUAAAGUGGUUAUCAGGCAGGCACUUGUACGCAUGGCGUGCAUGGCGCCAAGGACGUUGGCAUCUGUAAUGAGGUUCAUGAAGAACCUCACUGAUAUUUUUGAGAAAAAGGGAAAUUCUCUUAUAUAAAACAGUCCGAGCCUUCUGAGUAAUAUCAGCAUCACUAGAUUCGAUUUAUCCCGAUGCUUUAACUUCGAAAAUUGCGUAAAACACUUUUAAAAAGGACAGAUUUUCGAAGCGUAACGAAAACUUUCCGAGCCAAUUUUUUUGGAAGCUAGACAGAAGUUGAUUAUGGGACCAUUCAAACAAUUGAGAAAGCAGGUGAAAAAUUUUUUUUUCGACGUUUAUGACUUGGGAUGCUGUUUUCGAAAUGUCCUUUCCAAGUUUUUUUUUUGGGGGUAUGAAAAAAUGACCAACGAAAAUUCAAACGGCCACUUUUCCGAUUUUUUCAUAUCGCUAGGGAACUUUCCGACGGCCACCUUUCCGCCGAUUUUUUUUUGAAUUUUGAAUUUUCUAAAACAGUUUCAACGCCGGCGACUUCACAUGUUCAUUCUUCUUUUUUUUUGACCUUGGAGUAUGAAAAGAGUGGCUGAACUGAAGAAAUUUUUUUCUAGGGAAAAAGAAAUUGAAAACUGGAGGAAUCUGAACAGCUUGAGAGUUCGAAAAAACUCGAACUUGUUUCAAACAUCUCUCAGGCUUAUCACUAUCGCCUUUUCUCAUAUAACUUAUACCGAUUUCUCCCGAAUCGGAAUGACGAAGGCAGUGGAAUGGCUUUUUGUGGAAUGGUGAUGCGAAAUGCCGAAUAAGUCGCUUUGUGCCGCCGUUUCGGGCUUAUCAACUUAUCAUCGCGUUUCUGCACAGCUUUUCCUGCCCAAUUAUCCACACUUGGAUUGGACUGCGCGAAGAACGCGAUAAUCGCAAAACGAGAAACUUAGUUGGACAACUGGAGAAUUCAAAAUAAUUUUGGAAAAGUUCUUUCGAACUUUCAGUACUUUUAAAUUUGUUAUCGAUUCGGCCAAAAGGGUGUUAGUAAACUGCUGAAAAAUAUUGUUCGCAUCAUUAGCAUUAUGACCUUUAAAUGAAAAUAUUUGUGGCUAUGAUUCCAUCCAAACCUUUUAAGGUCCAAUAACACUAAUUGUUGUUUUCAGGUCAUUCCGUAAUCCGGCUUUACUAUCCGUUCACCUGAACUUAAUAUAUUCUUUGAAAAAAAUUCUGAAAUGUGUUUAAUCAUGUAAUCAUCCAAUAUGAUCAAAUCACAAAAAAAGAAAACGGGAAGUUUUGUCAUGUAAAGAAUUUUUCGCGUUAUUAAAAUAUUUAUGUAGUCAAUAUUAUCACUUAUGUUCUCGUUGGUUCUUGCACUAUGGGUUUAUUCUAAUCUGACCUCUUUCAGGGGAUUUCACAAAAUUUUAUUUAAUUCUUAUUUUUCAGCUUAUCGGCGUUGCAAUACUUGCACUUGGAGUCUAUCUUUUCAUCAAAGAUUUCCGGGAAGUCAAAUUGGUUGACAUCAUUUUGAAUCCUGCUAUUCUUAUUAGUGUUAUUGGUAAGUUCAAAAAUGACUAUACGAUUCCAAAAAAAGGAUUCUUUUUUAGGUGUUUCUAUAUGCGUGAUAUCAUUACUUGGCUCCCUGGGUGCUCUACGAGAUAACAUAUUUUUGCUCAAAAGUGUUAGUUUUUCAGUUUCAUUCCGAUAUUCCAAUGAUGACUGAUUUUUCAGUUCGCCCUAUCCGUUUUCUUCAGUUAUAUACUAGUCGUUGUUGCCACAUUUGUACUUUUUAUUCUUUUCUACACGGACACAACAGAGGUUCGUGAAAAAGAAACUUUUCGAAAAAUGAUUGUUUCAGGGUCUGUCUGCCCACUCCUUGUUAUUGUAUGCCAUCAAGAACUACCACACAAAUCGAAACUUAGCAGAAAUUGUCGAUUCAUUGCAGGAAAACGUGAGAUGCUUGUUUAUAGUGUUUAAAGUUCAUAAUUGAGCCCAUUUGAACUUUCCUACUAUUUUUUUUUCAGUUGCAAUGCUGCGGAGUGUCAUCGAUUGCUCAAGGAUACAGGGAUUGGAGCAUGAGCUAUCAAUUCAACUGCACGACGUCCAAUCCACAGCCUGAAAAGUGCGGAGUUCCAUUCUCCUGUUGCCGAAAGUCUGUCAUCUCUGAAGCGGUUGGUUUCAAAAAUUGGAGAGAAAACUUUUCUUUUGAAAUUGAAAGUCAGAAAAUUCUUCGAAUCUUGAAAGAUUUCUGUAACAUCUGAUUAAAGAUUACCAGUGAAACAUUAAUGACAAGCCCAAAAAUUCAAUUGUAAUUAAUCAUAAAUUCAAGGAAUUCCUUCAAAAAGAAAUCAAAAAAACAGUCAAAGAUUUUUUUAAGAUGUAUAUGUUUUUACUGAAAAGUUCUUUUUUUGCACCUAAAAUGAGACUUCUGGAAAAGAAAACUUUAUGGUGAUUUCAAAAUUUGGUAGAAUUUUCUAACAAUCUUUUUCGAGUAUCCAUCAAGGGCAAUGAUAUAAACUUAAAAAUCCAGGCUGGUUCUUCAAAUCCUCUGCUCCCUGCGAUGAGAUCUUUGGAAUGUUGGCAAAACGCUCUGACAAAGCGACCGUCGGAGCUGGAGCACGACAUCUACACGAGAGGGUGUCUUCAACCUCUGAGAACGGUUUUCGAGUCACACGCUGUCCACAUCGGAGCCGCCGUCGCUCUACUCAUCGUGCCAGUUGUGAGUCUUUGCCCGGAUUAUUUUCCAUAAGAGGUACACGUGGAGUGGGUGAAUGAUGCCGCAAAACGUGAAACUAUGAUUCGAGUGAUUAUCUCUCUACUUCUCCCACACAAGUUCGAAUACUCCGCUCUCUUGUUGGAAAAAAAUAUCCAUGGAUGACAGAGUGAAGCUUUUCUUGCGAUUUUUAGCAAGCUUUUUUCGAUCUUCAAAAGGAUGAGGCUCCAGUUUUUUUUUUUCAAAAACGUGUGAUAAUAACGUAAUCGUGAGGCAGAAAGGAUCGUACUCGGUUCAGGACAACUUUUCUAUUUAUCUCUAAGCUGAUAUAUUAUUUUCCAUCGCCCAGGUUGUGAGACGAACGUUUUCAGUGCAUAUCCGUUUGUCUGACGAACAUCUUGGCGAAGCAAGUCGACCAUCAAAGAUUUUUACUGGAAAGAGAAGCACGAAGGCAUGAGAGAAGAAAAAAGAGAGAACGCGACCACAGGAUCCGCGAUCAGAUGAAUUCUUUAGACAUGCUCGAGGAAGGGGUUAUGUCGCCUGCGAUACCCACUGUGAGUUGAUUUCUUUUUCAAACGAGCCUGAGAAAGUUUUUUCAAUUUAGCUCACUGCAAGGUUAUUGCUGGACUUUUCAAAAAUAGUAAUAAUCAGAAAAAGAAGCAUUUAAAAUAGUAGAGUGGUUUUGCAACCGCACGCCCUACGACUCUGAUUGACCCAAGAUAGUUAAUCGGUAAGUUAUUCUAGAAAAUGCAGUUUGCAUUACUUUAAAUUAACAGAAAAGUCAUUCUUUGCGGAUACUCGAAAAUUUCAAAAGUUGAAAAAAUAAGAGAUUUGCUACUAUACAUGAAAUUUUGUGUUAAACGCGAUCAAAAACGUUCUCAGGCUCGUCCAAAGCCUCCAGACAUGCCUCCGCCACUUCCGCCUUGCGACGUGCCUCGCAAAGUGUCGAAGAAUACAAGCACGUCUCCAACAAGAAAACCAGCAGCCGACCCAAAUCAGGCAGGACAACGCCGGAAAAAAGCCAACGGCGGAGCUCCGCCAGGGCCUGCCCUUUCUAAUGCCAACAGUCGAACUCACCAAUGGGUUCUGCAGCAAUCCGAUCUCGUUCCACAGAAACCUUCAGCACCUCCUGUCACAAAGUGA